AUGGUGACCUUUGCAGAGACAACGCAGGUCUCUCCUAUGGAGCUCUGUGAGCCGCCCUGCAUGACGGCGACCCUGUCCCCUGGGCUGCGGAGGAAAAAGAUGCUGUGGCAGAAUGCUGUGAAACACAUCAUUACCCAGCGGGAGCUGAGCGCCCAGGUGGGUGUGGAGCCAGCACGUAAGAUCUUCGUGACAGAUGCCUACAUGGAAGAGAUCAACAAACAAAUUCGUCACAAGGCCUCACGCGGUGGCCCAAAACGCCGAACAUCCUCAUUCAAAAUGAACUCAUCUCAAACCCGUGGCUCCACCAGCACACAUAACAGCGCCAGAACUUCUAUUACUGACUACUCCAGCGAUGCCGACUUCUUCAUUCACUGGGGCCACACAAUUCACGGAGUCUACAUCCCCACCCUGAGGCACACCUUCAAGUCACAUGACCUGGAGACACUCUACCAACAGCACUACACCCACCAACGACGCAACUCUCUGGCCAUCACAAAUGUAAUCGACGCAGUGGCCAAGCUAAAUAUACUGGUACUCUAUCUGGGUCUGGCCCCUGAGGCGGUCACUGACACCCUGCGUGGCUGCCUGACAGGAAUCUUUAUGGUGUUAGCUAUAGCGCUGUGCAUCAUAGUGCUAACUUGCAAAGACUCCAUGACUCCAAGGUGGCUUCGUUUUGCCGGCUUGGCUAGCUGGUUGUCGCAGACCACACAGGUGUUGGGAGGACUGGUUUAUGGACUGGAAAAAGACCCAUCGUGGUAUGUUUUGUUCACAUUGUUUGCCACAUACACGCUGCUGCCGUUACCUCUACUGUGGGCCAUGUGCGCUGGCUCCCUCACCUCAGUACUGCACCUACUGGUGGAGAUAUCGCGCAACUACAAUGACUCAGUGCUUUUGAGAAAGGUGUUUGCCAAAGGCCUGCUGUACCUAAGUAUGAACACAGCUGGCUUAUUCAUCCAUUACCUCACAGACUACGCCCAGAGGCAAGUUUUCCUUGAGACGCGGCGCUGCAUUGAGGGUCGUGUCAAGCUAGAGCAAGAGAACCAAAGACAGGAGCGCCUGGUGCUGUCGAUCCUGCCUCGCUUUGUUGCCUUGGAGAUGAUCGCUGACAUGAGCUCUAUGGAAGAUGAACUAAAUCCUCAGGAGUUUCACAAGAUCUACAUCCACCAGUACAGAGACGUGAGCAUCCUUUUUGCAGACAUCAAGGGCUUCACUUUAUUGUCCAUGAAUCUAUCAGCUCAGGAUUUAGUCCGAACCCUCAACGAGCUCUUUGGACGCUUUGACCGGCUUGCAGAGGAGCACAGCUGCCUGCGGAUAAAGAUUCUGGGAGACUGUUACUACUGUGUGUCUGGAGUCCCAGAGCCACAGCGUGCACAUGCUCAUCAUUGUGUUGAGUUGGGCCUGGCUAUGAUUAGGGCCAUACAGUUUGUGCGUCAGCAGUUGAACUUUGAUAUGGACAUGAGGAUUGGGAUCCACUCAGGCUCUGUCCUCUGUGGGGUUCUGGGUCUUCAGAAAUGGCAGUUCGAUGUCUGGUCGUGGGACGUGGGCAUUGCUAACAUGCUGGAAGCAGGGGGCAUACCAGGACGCAUUCACAUAUCAAGGGCCACGCUGGACUGUCUACAGGGCACCUACAAGACAGAAGCUGGUCAUGGGCACAAAAGGAACGAAUUUCUGCAUAAGCACAACAUCGACACAUUCCUCAUCUGUCCUCAGGAGAGGAGGGGCAAGGUUGACCACACUGAGCCCCCAAAAGUCCUGAAAACGAAUAAAACCUGGAACCAGGAGAUACCAUUUGGACCCAGCAUCGAUAUGAACAGUAUCCUGGCCUCAUUUACAAAUGGCUCACUGCCCAAAAUUUGGCUGUCUACCUCAAAGGAGAUCAACAGACGAAUCAAGGAAGCAAUAGAGGUCCAGAGCAGUGAGCGUAUGCACAGGGAGCACAUCACUCCUCUGACCCUGGUGUUCAAAGACAUGCACAUUGAGGAGAAGUUCUCCCAGAUGAGAGAUGAAAUGUUCAACUCCAAUCUGGUCUGCUCCUUCAUCAUGCUCCUCUUCCUCAUGUCUACACAGGCCCUACUUCCUGCACCCAGGCUCUUCCCAGUCGUCCUCCAGUUCUCCAUCUUCCUGCUCGCCUACAUACUGCUGCUUGUGGUGGCCCUGGCUGAGGAGUUCAAGUGGGCUCCUGCAAGACUGCAACAGUUCUGCUGCUGGAUCCAUGAAAACAACAGUGCCCGAAACCUCCUCACCUUCACCGCCAUCUUCAUCAACUUUGGUGUGGUUUCCACUGACAUGGUGUGGUGCAUCCUCACAGACCGAGGAGAAGCUGAUUUAACGGACAGAUCUAACACAGCUUCGAGUCCCUUCACCCUCUGCACUCACCCCGAGGUGUUUGUUUUGAGUGGAGUGAUUGCCAUGGUGACCUGUGCCGUUUUCCUGCGUCUGAACUCUCUGCUGAAGCUGGCCGUGUUGCUGCUGGCGGUGGCUGUUUACUCCUACCUCAUCCAUCUGGCAUUUCUCUCACUUACCCGCCACGAUGUGCUACAGAGGUCUCAUUAUGUCAGGAGAAAAGGAAUUUCCAUCCUCCUCAUGCUCAUGUUUAUAGUUGCUGUCUUCUACAAUGGACGGCAGUGGGAGGCCACCGCCAGGCUAGACUUCCUGUGGCGUCUGCAGGCCCAACAGGAGGUGGAGGACAUGAGGGAGUUAAGGGAACACAAUGAGUGCCUCUUGCACAACAUCUUACCUCAACACGUGGCGAGACAUUUUCUGGACCGGAGCAACAACGAUGAGGAGCUGUACUCCCAGUCCUAUGAUGACGUCGGUGUCAUGUUUGCCUCCAUCGCUGGAUUCAAUGAGUACUUUGAACAGAAGGAGAUCAAACAUGAGGGAGUGGACUGUCUCCGGCUGCUGAAUGAGAUCAUCGCUGGUUUUGAUGAACUGUUGGAGGAGUCGUACUUCCACUUCGUAGAGAAGAUAAAGACCAUUGGGAGCUGCUACAUGGCCGCCUCUGGCUUAGCUCCAGACAGACAGGCAUCCAUGGAUGAAUGGAAUCACCUGAGUGAGCUGGUUUUGUUUGCGUUGGCAAUGCAAGAGACCCUGAGAGAGAUUAACAGGCUGACUGCCAAAAACUUUCAGCUGCGUGUGGGUAUCGCCCAUGGGCCGGUGGUGGCAGGUGUGAUCGGCGCCACCAAGCCGCAGUACGACAUCUGGGGUUCCACUGUGAACCUGGCCAGCCGCAUGGACAGUACAGGUGUGAGCGGACGUAUACAGGUCCCCGAGGCCACGCGCAAGGUCCUGGCAGAGUGGGGCUUUGUCUUAGAGUUACGAGGAGAGAUCUUUGUUAAAGGGGUGAGCGAGAGUCAGGGGAAAGUCCGCACCUACUUCAUCAGCACCAUGCGCCACAAGAAAGCCAACCUGGGGACAGAUGGCCGCACAGGGGGGCGGACAGGAGGACGCAUGACGCUCGCAGGAGUCGUAUUCGGCCUUGUCCAGGCCAGAAACAAGGAGAAGAUUAGAGAAACCAAUGGGGGGUUCGGCCGGACUCCCUGCACCCUGCAGUGCUGAGGGAAGUGAUGAUUACAGUCACAUGACUACAGGUGGAGGAGGAGGACACCUGCUUUAUACUUUCUCAUGCCCUCCUCUGCUUCCUGUCAUCUGAAAUUAAAGUUCAUGGCUGUAAUGUGCUGAAAUCGCCUUUCAGGAACUCAGGGGUUAUUUAUAGAGCAGAGGUUUUUUUAACUAAACUUAAACAGGACCUAACUGUUUAUCUGACCUCUCUUAUAGUAAGUAUGAGUGUUAGAGCUUCACCGCACUGCAUUCUGCUUUCAUUGCCAUAUCUUCACUUCAAAAACAAUGUGCUCAGUUUAUUUUAUACAAAACAAAAACACCAGGAUGUCUUUCUUCUUUCUUUUUUUUUUGCUGGGAUAAUCCUCCGGCAAAUCCUCAGACCUCUAAGCCAAAACCCAGAACCAGAAUACCUCAAAACAACCAGCUGGACCUCACAUAGACCAAAGGCCUAUACGAUACAGAUUGUUUGUUUUUUUCACUGCGUUUCCUUACAGCGCUCUCUUGUUAUUUCACUUCAUUUUGUCUUAUCUGCUGACGCAUUAUGUCUACUGAGCAACUGUGAUCCAAGGAGUUCAAAAAAACAGCUCUAGUGGGACUUUAGUCACCAUAUUUCUGUUUCUCAUGUCUCAUGUUUUUCAAAUAGAUUCAGCUUGGUGUCA